UCUCUCCUUUGUUUGCAGGCGCCUCUCGCUGCCCGGCCCUGCCCGCGGGGCCCAGGAGACGAUCUGUCCGGGCGCCCAUCAAGGCGGGAUCUCGCCUUGCUGCCAGGAGCCUGCUCGGGGUUCCGCAUGCGCGGAGCGAGCACCGCCCUCCUCAGCUGGGGCAGGGGUCAACACUGACACCCGGGGGAUUGGCGCUUCCUAGGCACGUGCUAGGUUCAGCAUUUGAAACAUGAACAGUAAAACGCGUUACCAGUUUUCAAAGCUGGAACACAGUUGUCUGCGACGUUUCCAAACUAAUCUUUACACAAGGAAUUUGUAAAUCCUUUGUAAUGGCCAACAAGAAAGAACCUCCUUUCUUCAAUGAUGAUAACGUGGGACCGUUUCAUUACAAACUUCCUUUUUAUGAAACUAUGGAGCUCUUCAUUGAGACACUUACAGGAACGUUCUUUGAGCUGCGAGUGGCUCCCUUUGAAACAGUGAUUUCUGUGAAAGCUAAAAUUCAAAGGUUGGAAGGUAUUCCUGUCUCUCAGCAGCACUUAAUUUGGAAUAACGUGGAGUUGGAGGAUGACUAUUGCUUGAAUGAUUACAACAUUUCAGAAGGUUGCACUUUGAAGCUGGUACUGGCUAUGCGAGGUGGGCCUAUUAACACUAGAAGAGUUCCUGUGGAAGACCCUAUUAGGGAAAUGGCUGAAUACAUGGACCCCAGUCGAGAUGAGGUCUGGGAGAAGGGGCCAUCCAACAAACAAGUUACCUUUUUGGUGUACCGGGAAGGAGAUCAGUUGAAUUUCUUCCGUGUUGUAGACAGGGGGGAUGGCACUUUAACACCAUUAUCUGAAUCUUUAAGUGGUGGUUCAGUUUAUAACUUAUACGGAGAUGACGACGAAGAAACAGAGGCAUCUCCUUCUGGCCAACAGAUUAUUGAGAACUCGAUUACUAUGAAUAAAAUGAAGCUGCUCAAGGCAAAGAUGGAGAACAUGAAUCUCAGUAAAAAGCCUAAGAAGACUGUCAAGGUGAAACCUCGUCCACCUAUGGCUCCUCGACCAUCUAGCAGUUCAGCAGCAGCUGCUCGUCACCGUUUUUUAAGAGUACUCCCCCACAUUGGACAGUCCUGCCUACCUCCUCCUGGGAAUUCAUAUCCCUUGGAGUCUUCCCAGAAUGCACUUUCAGCUUUGGCUACUUUGGCCACUGCUGGUAGAACAAUGCCAUCCAUUACUAGUGACUUUCUGAAGGAAGAUGACAACUGGGAGAGCACCUCCCGGUCUCAGUCAGUUAAUAGCAUUCGACUACCACCGAAAAUAUCUCGUGUUGAACUAGAAAAUGCAAAACUACCUACAAAUAACUUCCUUCCCCCUGUCCCAUCGCUGCCUAUAAAUUCCGAAAAAGCUUUAGAAAAUGUGACAUCCACAAACGAGGAUGAUCCUGUCAUGUAUCCACAUCUAACAAACGUAGAACUGUGUGCAACAGAAGACAAGUUUCUACCUGAAACGGAUGCUUUUGCUUUGUUAGCAGAAGCAAACACUGCUGAACAGUAUAGUGAAUUAUAUGGAAUAGGGAAGGUAAACCCAGAGCUUGGACUGUCUGAUGGGGAUGACGAGUCUAAGGCUGUAGAACAGCAUAGCAAACCCAUUACAAAAAUCCUGAGCGCUACAACAAUGGAGGCUGGACUUCUCAACACUCGUGAACUAAGUCCUCCGAAGAACACACUCUUAUCACCUCUUCGGUAUUCAGCCCAAGUGGCACAUCACAGUUCUCUGAAACCACAGACACAACCCAAAUGCUUUGAGGUUGGUAACUUGAGACCUGCUGCCUCCCCAAAUCUGCUCCGAUCUUUGGAGGUCCGCAAUAUAGCAGACUCCUCUUUUCCAAGGACUACAAGAUUUCGUGGUGUGAAGGUAGACUCACCUGGCAAAAGACCUGAUAUCAUUUCUAAAAUGGAGGCUAGGGACAUCACAGAGGUGGCAAACAAGGCAUACAAAGAACCUGUGGGUUCUGUAAAUAACUUAGAAUUUCUAGCUUCGCUGGCCCGAAGCACAAGCAGGGAAAGUUUACAGAAUUCCUGCGGGACAGGCAGGUUUCGGACUUCUGGUAUUGCACUACCUACGAACCUCCUGCAUUUUCAGGAAGAAAGCUUUAGGAAAGCCUCUCCCCCAGAUGAAGCUGCUGAAUACUUCCUAUCUGGCCAUGGGCUUGGAAUGAAUGGAAAUGUUGCAGCUACAGGGAAAAGAGUUGCAGGUGAAGCAACCCAUCUCCCACCUGUGAAUGGUUCAAUGCAAACAAAAAAGAAAACUACAAAGCACUGCUUUCUCUGUGGCAAGAAAACUGGAUUGGCAACCAGCUAUGAAUGCAGAUGUGGAAACAACUUCUGUGCAACUCAUCGUUAUGCAGAGACUCACACCUGCACCUACGAUUACAAGAGCACGGGGCGGAGGUUCUUGCAGGAGACUAAUCCCGUCGUUAGUGCACCAAAGCUUCCCAAAAUCUAACUAUGGUUGUGCUGCAUGUGGCUGUGCUGCCAUGGCGGAAUUGUAUUACAUUGAGAGAAGCAGCAUUUGCUUCGGCUGCAUUUAUUUUGCCCUGCUCCAUAUCUAAAGAUUUGCCAAGUAACAAAAGCACAUGAGGAUGCAUCUGAUUGAAGAAUAAUGUGAACACUACUGUAGCUGACACCUUUAUUCUUUAGUGAAUCAAAAGUUUAAAAAGUAGUUUUUAAAAACUUACACUAUGAUUUUAACUGUUCUUGCACGUCUUGUGUUAAGUGUUUUAUAUCUGAAAAUGCUAUUUCACUAGACAAGUCUUUAAAAGAUGCACUUUACUAAGUUUCAUAUUUACUGUAUAACCAGACUUGAGGGGGUGCUGUAAUGAGGGUGUCAUGUAAUGUCUCUGUACUCUACCUUGUGUUUUGUCCAUUGUGUGGUAUGUUAAGUUAUUUCACUAGGAAGUCUCCCCCUUACUUCGAACCACCUGUCCAGAGCUUCAAAGAGUGUAGUACUUUCUGCACUUUUGUUCCGUUCAGUUUGGCAUUCAUAUACUGUGUAUCCAUUCGGCAAAUAACAUAUCAUGGUAAUCACACUAUUUCUUAAAAUACUACUCUUUAUAUGGCAGUUUUUUUAAAUAGAGAAUUCCCUUUGUUGCCAUUAAAUACAAGGAACAACUUAUUUUAACUUUUUUUGUAAUCCUAGAUUUUUUAAAACUUCACAACUUGGUUUGUUAAGAUGUUGAGUGCUGUUACCAGAAGAAAUUCUAAUAAAUAUUAAAUUUUAUUCUGGUUUGCAUGUGCUUAUCACAAACUCAGUACUAAUUUUUAACAUUUUACAGGGUGCUGGAAGGGAAGGGAGGGUUCUCAGAAGCUUACAGCAUUGCUAACUCUGUUCUCAUUGAAAUCAGUGGUAAAACUCCCCUUUAUUGGGAAUAGCUAGGCCAAAAUUGAACGUAUUGAAAGUCUCUCUCUUGCAAACAAGCCAGUCAAACCAAGCAAAUCUGGGUGUGACCAAACUUCAGCAGAUGUUUAACGCACCAGGCAAUAUUGUUGGCAGGCUUUACAACCUUAUGCCAACAUCGCACUGGGCCAGUUUGGUAUUUGUAUGGGAGACCACCAAGGAACACACAGGUGCUGCAGAAAGUAGUGUUAGAGCACCACCUACUGAAACCAUUUCUUCUUCUACUCAUUAAGUAUUAAAGCAUCCCAGUCUGGUACCGAGGGGCACAAUGCUACUAGAUGUUGCCUGAUUUUAGGAGGUUAAUAAUAUUAAUUUGGAUAGUAUGGGUUUUAGGCUCGCUGGUCUGUCUGAUCAGAAGAUAAAAAGGUUCUUGUCCCGAAUCAGGCUCCACAUAAUUGACAAAGGACAGGAAGUUCAUACUGAGACAGAUAUAGCCUUAAAGACUUUUUAUUAAGAUAAAUGAAGUAGUAAUUAAAGAAUAAAAUCAGUUACAAAGUUACAUUUGUAUUACUGCUAUUCAAAAGAUACAUACGGUAUUAUAUGCUGCAAAGCUUUGGUUAAUAUACUCACCCCAUUCCUUGAUAACCUGGUGGUGAAAGACACAGGACCAGCCUCGCCUCUGGCUGUUCAGGUUCCUCAAUUCUUCAGUGAGAGGUGCAAAGCUUAGAAGAAGCUAGCGCCAAGAGCUAUUGAAGCUAGCUUAGAGUUUACUAAACUAUCUUAAAUUUAAAAUCAAAACCUAAUAAACAAAACUAAGAACAAAAGCUUAGGGAAACCAAGUUUAGCCUAGUCCCCUUGGAACUUGGAAAGUUAAGAAAAACAAGUACAAGAUCUCUAGCAAGGCCCUCUUUUAUAGGGCACAGGUGUCUGAACCUCCUCCUAUGCCCAAACUCCACUUCUCACCCACAAAAAUGUUAGGGUUCACUUAUUCCAUAGGCUAGUAUGUUCGUAUGUAUUGAUGACAUGUACAUACAUAUUAAUGACAUUAUAUCAGGGGUUGGCAACCUUUCAGAAGUGGUGUGCCAAGUCUUCAUGUAUUCACUCUAAUUUAAGGUUUCACGUGCCAGUAAUACAUUUUAACAUUUUUAGAAGGUCUCUUUCUAUAAGUCUAUAAUAUAUAACUAAACUAUUGUUGUAUGUAAAGUAAAUAAGGUUUUUAAAAUGUUUAAGAAGCUUCAUUUAAAAUUAAAUUAAAAUGCAGAGCCCCCAGAACUAGUGGCCAUUACCUGGGCAGUGUGAGUGCCACUGAAAAUCAGCUCGUGUGCCGCCUUCGGCACCUGUGCCAUAGGUUGCCAACCCCUGCAUUAGAUCAUACACGCGCGUUAUUUUUGUUCUCCCGGUUAUUUUGGUUCUUUCCUUGUGGUGUACCUGUUAAGUUUAAGGAUACAGACUUGGAAACCCCCUAUGCCAUUCUACCAUUAUCUAGGUGAAAGGUCCCAGGCAUAGAUAUGCUAACUUUGCCUUAGCUCAACAUACAGAAUAUGGCCUGUAGGUUGCUUGUAUUACAACCGAACUUACUUUAAUAUAAAUCUAUAAACCUAUUACAAUAAACCAAAUACUUAAACCAUAGGAAAAUAUAUAUGUGCAAGCAAACAGGUUAAUCCCAUAGCUACAUAGAGGAGCCCUAUUAUGAAUAUGUUUUAAAACUGCACUCCCAGCCAUGUUUGGCCACUACCAGGUCAUGGCACUUCUGAAGACACAGGGUGUUCGGCAGACAUGCAGCCAAGUUGUGACUUGGAUAACUUGUCCACUCUGUUGUCUUGUAAAUUCCCUCAUUGACUAAUUGGCUGUGGUAUCCUUCACUUCCUAAACGGUUGUGUAGUGUUACUGCUGUGAGUGGUAGUUCAGUGGUGACUAAAGCUGAAUCAAGGAAAGCAGGGUGUUCCUGGCAGGAAGAGGGAAGCAGUUGAAGAGCUCGCUUUCUCUGUAACAUCACCCUUUACUGAGGGCACCUGCAGCCUCCAGGUCCUUCAGGAUACCUAAAUAGCAAUGGCUAUUUUAAUUUUAAAAAAGCCCAAUCCCAUUUAUGGCUGUUCAGAAGGCCACAGUUGGGGUGAAGGCACAGAUCUGGCACUACUGACCCAUGCAUUUGACACCUCAAGGCUCAGUUACGGCCACACUCUGGUAAAAACACCAACUAGUAUAAAAUACAGCUGCCCCCUUCGUAGCAACACUGAUCACUGUGAACACAUCACUUUGGUGCUCUGCCAUUUCCAUUAAAUACAGACUCCAAAUCUGCCCUAGUAUUGAAAACUAAUAUUUCAAUAUACAUCAACAUGGCAUUGAAGGCUUCUGCUAGGGAUUGUGCUCGUGCUCUUUUAAACUUUAUAUUGCUUACUAACAGGCAUUGUAAUCAAAAUAAUACAACCCAGAAAAAAGUUAUGUUAUGGGAAACAGUUGUACAGCUAAGGGACCACAUCAGGAAAUGCCCACAUUGUUUGUAUCUGCAACUGUCACUCUUCCCCUUUGUACCUGUGCAUCAUGCUAGUCUUAAUUGCAUGAUCUUACUGUUUAGCAAAUAUAGUACAUUUUCCUGCUUUACAUACAUACAGCUUCUAUAAUUCUUUCCAGUGUUAUAUCUUUACUGAUGUAGGUUUCUUGUACAAUGUUUUACGUUCUCCUUACUGUAAGCACUCUUCUGUAUACACCCUUCUUUUAAACCAGCAGCACAGUCUGAAGUGCAAUUAGCAGAUAAAACCAUUAAUUACAAAACUGAUUUUCCAUAUUCCUCCUGUGUUAGAAUGUAUGAUGGAUUGUUUACCAUGUAAACUUUCAUAUGAGUGACUUGCACUUGACUACACAGAGUAGGACAUAGUGCUCUGCAUCUGUUGUAGAGAAAUGUUUAGCUUGUAUUUGAGUCUCUUUGAUCAUGUGAUUAGCUUGUAUUAUAAAGUAUUUACACAAUGGCAGUUUGCAGGUGA